AAAUUUCUCAUUUCGAAUCUCGACCUUAGUUUUCUGGAAUCGUGCCUUUUGUAUAGUGAUGUCUAGCCUCAGAAGAGCUCUGCUAGUUGCAGGGAAGACGAAGAUAAACCUCGAGAACUGCCAUUUCAUCACCGGAAUCAACUACAACGGCCUUAGCGUCAAGCAGCUACAAGAGCUCCGUGGGAUUCUCCGGGAAAACAGCAAUACGAAGCUCCUCGUCGCCAAGAACACUCUUGUGUACAAAGCCUUAGAAGGAACCAAAUGGGAAUCUCUGAAGCCAUGUAUGAAGGGUAUGAACGCUUGGAUCUUCGUGCAAACCGAAGAUAUCCCUGCCGCUUUGAAGACGUUCAUCAAUUUCCAGAAAGAGAAGAAGCUCUUCGACAAUAACUUAGGCGGUGCCGUUUUCGAGGAAAAAUUGUACGCUCCUCAAGAUUAUAAGGUUAUUGAGACGAUGCCAUCUCGCUCCGAUGUCUAUGGUAUGAUGUUCGGCGCUUUGCAUUGGCCGGCGUUAGAUCUCGUCAAUACGUUGCAGGCACCAGCCGCGUCGGAAAAUGAGAGUGCUGCAUAGUUGAAGUUUUCCAAUAUCUUCAAUUAUCAGUGAGCUGAAAUAUCCACUUUGUGUUUGUGCUUUGGGAACCAAUCAAUCAAAAUAAUUUUUGAACUUCAUUUUCUGACCAGUGUUUCUGGUUUUGUUACAAUAAUUUUUGAGAUUUCAUGUUAUACUGUUGUUAUCUUAGAAGAAAAUUGGCUAAUACAAUGGUGAAAUAAUCUUGUUGUGGACUUGAAAUUCCACUUUUGC